GUGAUCUUGGGGAUUGAUUGGUUGAGACCACAGCAUGCUGUGAUUGAUUGUUUUGACAUGGUAGUGUCCUUUCAUAGACCCGGAGAGCCAGUGUUUCGUUAUCGUUGUCUCAAGUCGGAUAACGCCAUGAGAUCAGGAGUUUUGGCACAUGUGGAGUCAGUGGAUCAGAAAGUAUCUAUCGCAGACAUUGUGGUAGUAUCUGAGUUUGGUGAAGUGUUCCAAGAGAUACCGGGGCUACCUCCUCGAAGAGUGGUAGAUUUCUGCAUUGAUGUAGUGACCAUCAAGAAUAGGUAUCCCUUACCUAGGAUUGAUGACUUGUUCGAUCAGCUCAAAGGUGCUACGGUGUUCUCUAAGAUUGAUUUGAGAUCCGGUUAUCAUCAACUCAGGGUGAAGGAAGAAGAUAUAUCGAAGACAGCCUUCAGGACCCGGUAUGGACAUUAUGAGUUUGUCGUCAUGCCAUUUGGUCUAACGAAUGCACCAGCUGUCUUCAUGAGUUUGAUGAACCAAGUAUUUAGCCCGUACUUGGAUGAAUUUGUUGUGGUGUUUGUGGAUGACAUUCUGAUAUACUCCAAGACACAAGCUUCAUUGACCAAGUUGACCAAGAAAGAUACUCCGUUCGUGUGGACGGAUGCAUGUGAGGAAGCAUUCAGCAAACUAAAGACUAGACUGACCACAGCUCCAGUGUUGACGAUUCCUUCUAGUGGUGGUGGUUAUGUCAUUUACAGUGAUGCUUCAUUCCAAGGUUUGGGUUGUGUGUUGAUGCAGCAUGGAGGAGUUGUUGCUUAUGGCUCGAGACAGUUGAAGAUUCAUGAGAAGAAUUAUCCGACACACGACCUAGAGCUUGCGGCAGUUGUAUUUGCCCUGAAGAUUUGGAGACAUUACUUGUAUGGUGAGAAAUUUCAACUCUUUUCAGAUCAUAAGAGUUUGAAGUACUUGUUCUCACAGAAGGAGCUGAAUAUGAGGCAGAGGAGAUGGAUGGAACUCCUCAAGGACUAUGACUUCACAUUAGAGUACCACCCGGGGAAGGCAAACGUGGUGGCUGAUGCCUUGAGCAGAAAACCGAGAGGCGUGGUAGCUUCGCUUAUGGUCCAGGAAUGGUUCAUGCUAGAAGCUGCAUCAGAGUUUCUUUGGAAGUGGGAGCAGAUAUCUAUGGAUUUUGUGACCGGAUUGCCUAGAUCGAAGAAGGGUCACGAUACCAUAUGGGUGAUUGUCGAUCGGUUGACGAAGUCGGCUCAUUUUCUCCCAGUGUCGAUGAAGUACUCAGUGGACGUGCUUGGGAAACUUUAUGUGGAUGAGGUAGUUAGACUCCAUGGUGCCCCAGUUUCUAUUGUUUCUGAUCGAGAUGCACGUUUCACUUCGAAGUUCUGGGGUGGGUUGCAGAAGGCGAUGGGUACUACCUUAGAUAUGAGUACAGCUUUUCACCCUCAGACGGAUGGACAGACGGAGAGGGUGAAUCAGGUGAUGGAGGACAUGUUGAGAGCAUGUGUGUUAGAUUUCAAGGGUAGCUGGGAAGAUCAUUUGAGAUUGAUUGAGUUUGCCUACAACAACAGCUACCAUUCUAGCAUCGGCAUGGCACCUUAUGAGGCACUUUAUGGUAGACCAUGUCGUUCACCGAUCUGUUGGGCCGAAGUUGGUGAUGAGGCACUGAUGGGUCCAGAGGUAGUUCAGGAAACCACGGAGAAGAUCUCGAUCAUUCGGGAUAGAAUCCGGACCGCUCAGAGCAGACAGAAGAGCUAUGCGGACUUGAAGAGGAGACAUGUGGAAUUCGAGAUCGGCGAUCAUGUGUUCUUGAAAGUUUCACCUAUGAGGGGUGUGGUGAGAUUUGGCAAGAAAGGAAAGUUGGCACCGAGGUAUGUUGGGCCCUUUGAGAUACUUGAGAAGGUGGGCGAACUAGCAUAUCGGCUAGCCUUGCCUACUAGCAUGUCGGGCGUUCACAAUGUCUUCCACAUUUCCAUGCUGAGGAAGUAUGUACCAGAUGAGUCACAUGUGAUCGAUCAUAGCACCAUUGAAGUGAAGGAAAAUGCCACUUUUGUUGUCGAACCGGUUCGUAUCCUGGAUAGAACCACAAAGAAGCUUCGGAGGAGAGAAGUUGAGCUAGUC